UGUCUGUGAAUUUUGUAACUUGCUUAUUUACAAACAUGACAAAUAAAAAUGGUUUUAUAGAAUUUUUACCAAGAUUAAUUAAUGUCACCGCUUAUUGAUUUAUAAAAUCGUUAUAAUAAUUGCUAUUACUACAAGAUAUUAGUGAAAUCACUGUGAAAACCAUAUUAUAAAAGAAGAUAAAAAUAUAUUUUACAAUACCUUUGAUGAAUAAUUUUAGUGAUAAGCAUACACUCUUAUGCAUUAAAAAAUAUUAUUAUAAAAUUAAGAAUGUGACAAUACGUAGAUACAUUAUUACUAAAGCCGAUAAAGUUACAGUGAAUAAGGAAGUCUUAGAUUAUUUACUUUAAAGGAAGUUAUAAGUGAGGAAUCGUUGUAAGGAUAGUAAAAAUAAAUUAAUUAGAACAUAGGCGUGUCCCCGGUCCUCAAUGUCCUGCACAAUUGUGGUGCGUUCUGCAUGUGCGGCGGACGGAGAAGCGCGCGCGGAUCUGGUGCGCGCUUCAAUACUGCAAUACACACGAGACGCCUUCUUCAUGUUUUUAUUUCAGGAGUUGACACUGCAGCUGUGUGUGCUGGGUGGCGCGGUGUUGUUCAUCUUUUGCGGCGCGUCGGUGGCGGCGUGCUGCACAGUGGUGCCAGCGCUGGCCGCGCUGCUUGUGGCCGCCGGCGUGUACGUGACACACGCCGUGCUCGCAGACAAACAUGUUGUUGACAUGCGUAAGGAGAUGAUUGGACUGGUGGCGGAGCUGCGCGCGCCGCUGCUGGUGGACCCGCGCUCGGCCCGACCGCGCGUGAUGCUCGCCGAUGGUGCCGAAUUUGCUUCCCUUAGACCAUUUCACACACAGAUAGUGGGCACCGUGAGCGUAUCGGAGCUGCGCAGCGCGACAAGCGGCGGUUGGUUACACUCCCUGGCCGUGCACGAGCAGUGGCGGCGGCGCGGCGUGGGGCGCGCGCUGGUGGGCGCGGCGCGGGCGCGGGCGGGCCGCGGCGAGCUGCUGGCGGCGGCGAGCGCGCUGCAGGGGAGCGCCUCGCGACUGCUGCACAAGGACGGGUGGGAGGUACGCGGCUCGUACCACCGCCCGCUGCUGGGCUCGGCGCUGACGCUGCCGGUGCUGGUAUUCGGAGUGGAGUCCUCUACGCUCGCCUGAACGAGGGCCCGCUUCAUUCUUCCCUGUCCACCGCUUUUAGAAUCUCCGAGAACCAAUAGGUUUUAAAUAAACAAAAUAUAUGUGUUUAUACAUUUAAUUAAAAAGUUUUUUUACCAACAA